UCAUUGUGAAGUCGUUGCAUUAAAAAUUAUUUCAAUUGCUACUGUCCAUUGCAACUUUUAGGUUAACUUCAAUUAACAUUUCUCAUGUUUAACAAAAUAAAUAUAUCUCUAAUAUAUUAGAAUUUUUCAAUAUAACUAAAGAAUCUACGUACUGAAAUUGCAUGUAAUAUAUAGAAUGAUUACAUUAAGAGGAAAACUCAAAAAAGAUCCGGAUGUAUCAAAUAGCAAGUCUCAGAAUAUUCCUAGCAAAAGAGUAUCAAUUAGAGAUAAGUUACUUAUAAAAGAGGCGCAAGAAAUGGAACAAACUCUUCCUAUGACAUGUCAAGUUACAUUUAACGAUCCACAUUGUUUGUAUGAAUUUACAUUACUGAUUAUACCAGAUGAAGGAUAUUGGUGUGGAGGUCAUUUUUAUUUUCAAAUUAAUGUACCAGAAGAAUAUAAUAUGAUUCCGCCAAGAGUUAAAUGUUUAACAAAAUUGUGGCAUCCUAAUAUAAGUGAGGAGGGUGAUGUAUGUUUAUCAAUUUUAAGGCAAAACAGUGUUGAUGGAAUGGGGUGGGCACCUACAAGGAAACUAAAAGAUGUUGUUUGGGGUUUAAGUUCUCUGUUUACAGAUUUAUUAAAUUUUGAUGACCCUUUAAACAGAGAAGCGGCAGAUUUAUUUUCAAAGGAUAAAGAGUUGUUUGGUAUCAAAGUGAAAGAAUAUUUGAUACAGUUUGCCAAAAGAUGAUUAAAACUAGAAAAUCUGCAAUGCCAAAUAUUGAAUUCCUAGAUUCUAGUGUUUUGUUUAAAACCAUGGUGAUGAAUACAAACAUUGAAAUAAUUGUACAAAUUAAUUGACAAAUAAUUCUUUAUUUUUAUGAUACUAAUUGUGAUUUAAAAGCAUUUGUCAUGUGGUUUUUUACUUAAAUCAACAAAUUAUUUAGUAACAUUGUAUUCCCUGCUUAUUCUCAACAAUACUUUCCUUUUAAUAACUUGUAGAAAUACAAAUUGUACAAGCGCAACUUUUUUUACAUGAUUGCCAAGUAUUGUGAUACAGGGAGAAAUUGAUUUGUAAAUAAAGGAAAUUAUUUAA